CCCGCCCUCGCCGCUCGUUCCCCGCGGCCUCGCUUCCUCGCUCGCAAGGAACCCCCCCCCCCACCCCUCGUCGCAAGCCGCCCGUCCUCGGACGAAUGGUGCAGCCACAGCGGCCUUUCAUUUCUUGCGAGGGGACGGACGUCUUUGUGUGUGUGUGUUUUUUUUUAAACGCGCGCUCGCGUAAAACAUUUAACAGCCGCGACCAAGAAAAAGCAUCGAUCGGCGAACAGCAGCAACAACAACAACAGCAACAAAAAAGGACGCUUCGAAACGAACGCCGCGAACUCGGGACUCGUGCAGGACGUGCGAGCGCGCCGCUGUGAGAGUUGCGUCAACAUGGACCAGUCCUUCGGCGAGGUCAACCAACUCGGCGGCGUCUUCGUGAACGGGCGACCUCUGCCGAACCCGAUCCGCCUGCGAAUCGUCGAGUUGGCGCAGCUGGGCAUCAGGCCGUGCGACAUCUCGCGGCAGCUGCGCGUGUCCCACGGCUGCGUCUCCAAGAUCCUGGCUCGCUACAACGAGACGGGCUCCAUCCUGCCCGGAGCCAUCGGGGGCAGCAAGCCGCGCGUCACCACCCCCAACGUGGUCAAGCACAUCCGCGACUACAAGCAGCGCGACCCGGGCAUCUUCGCGUGGGAGAUCCGCGACCGGCUGCUCGCCGACGGCGUCUGCGACAAGUACAACGUGCCCUCCGUGAGCUCCAUCAGCCGCAUCCUACGCAACAAGAUCGGCAGCAUGUCGCAGCCGUGCUCGCAGAUGCAGGACGCGUCGGGCAUGGCCUCCUGCAAGCAGUCUGCGGCCGCCGCAGCCGCAGCCGCGGCCGCGGUGCCGUACGGAGCUCUGUACGCGGCCUACACGAGCUCGCAGCUGCAUCACCACCACCACCAUCACCACCACCACCACGGACACGGGCCCGCGGGGAAGGGCGGCGCGCACGCGAUGCACGGCGCCACGGGCGUGCACAUCCCCGCGGGGCUGCCGCGUUCGUGGCCCUCCUCCUACACCGUGAGCGACAUCCUGGGCUUCAGGACGGCGGCGGAGCAGCAAGGGCUCAUCCCGGAGGAGUGGUGCGGCGCUGCCCGGCCCAGCUUCCCCGCGGGCACGCAGGCGGCCAACGGCCUCGACAAGUCGGGCGGUGGCGAUGGCGACUUGAAGUAUUCCCAGGGCCACGCGUCAGGUCUGCCCGCGGUCAGCACCUUCGUGUCGGCCUCGGGUCUCGGGCCCUACCCGAGCCAGUCGCAGGCGGGCAUGGGGGCCUACGUGGCGUACGGCGGAGGGGGUGGCCCGGCACAGGCCGCGGGCUUCGUGCCGCCGGGCCACGGGGCUGCGUGGCAGGGCCAGCCGCACCCCGCCGACCUCUCGUCGCCCGCCCACUUCAAAGCGGCCGCGGCCGCCGCCGUCGCCGCCGCAGCCGCCGCAGCGGCAGCGAGGGACGAGAGAGGAGGGGACGCGUUGGCGCCGAGGAAGUCCUGAAGAAGCCUCCCCCCACACUCACACACACCACCCCCCUCGUCCCUCCUCCCUCCCUCCCUCCCAAGACGACCGCAGGGACUCACCGGGCCGCACGUGGCCCGCGCGCGCGUCACGGCUGUGCCGCGCUCUCGUCCACGCGCGGACCCCGUGGAUUGUGGCCGUCGGCGGGAGGGGUUCGCGCUCACGGCGUCUGGCGUUGAGCGGGUCGCUUUUACAAAGCGGGAGACGGCGAGAAGACGACGCCGUGGCGUGGCCUCUCUACGUGCGCAGGGCGCGGCGGGCGGGCGGUGGGGUGGAACUGCGCCCGGAGACACACGGGGCCGGAGCCCCCCCCCCCCCUAACCACCCUCCCCCAGUCGCCGAGCUACGAAGAGAAAGAGAAAUUUGACAGGGGAGUAGUGGUGGUGAUGGUGGUGGGGGGGGGGGGGGGGUCACAUUUUAUUGCUUGCACCAGGGCCCAAUC